AUAUUCACCAGCAACCAUUUCUUUAUUCUUCAUCUUAGUAAGUAGUACCUCCAUUUUAUUCAUUCUCUCUCUCCCUCGUGAGAAAGUUUGAAACUUUGUGAUCAAACCAAUGGCUUCAGAGGCUGACGUUUCAGAGUUUUCUUCCUUCUUUGAGAGGAUGGCGAGGAGCAGGGACUUGUCUCUGCUCUUACCUUUCAUCUUCGGUCUCUCAAACGGCGUCGUUCAAAGCCAAGACUCGCAAGAUGAAGAUCAAGAAAACGACAGUAGACCAACUUCUGGUGGUGACAGAGUCAUUCUGAUCAACCCCUUUACUCAAGGCAUGGUGGUGAUCGACGGGGUUUCGAGUUUGGAUUUUCUUCUGCGGGAAUUGGGUAACAAGGAUGGUCAUCCACCGGCCUCAAAGGCGUCCAUAGAGGCUAUGCCAAGUGUCGAGGUUUCUGAUGAUGGUGGUGGUGAGUGUGUGAUUUGCUUGGAGGAGUUUCAACUUGGUGGGGUGGCUAAAGAGAUGCCUUGUAAGCAUAGAUUUCAUGGAGAUUGUGUAGAGAAGUGGUUGAAGCUGCAUGGGUCUUGCCCUGUCUGCAGGUUUAAGAUGCCUGUUGAGCAGGAAGAGACGGGGAAGAAGAGAGAUGAAGAAGAAGGUGGUAGAGAUGGGAGAAGGAGAGCUGAGAGAGAGAUUUGGGUUAGUUUCUCUUUCAACAGUAGUAGGAGUAGUGAAAAUUCUUCAAACCAAACACCUUCAAACGAUUCUAUUGUUGAGGGUUCUGAUUCUUCCUCCAGUCCAGUUGUUGAUCAUGAAUAAAACUCAGGGUUAGAAAUUUUUUGUUGAAAGAUUUUUGUUUCUCUUCUUUUUUUCUUUCGUUGUAUAGUGGAAGCAUUUUUACAGUGUUAAAUUUAGUUGAAGAAUUGAAUGAAUGCUACUCUUUGUUUUUUUUA